UAUUCGAAUAUAUCGUUAAAAUAAUAGAAGACGGUCAUUGAAUAUUGAGCCAAAAUUGUGUGUUCGAUAUGCGAGAUUGAACGCAUGCGCGGAAACCUCAGGAGUCGACGACGCUCCAAUCUUGCUGUUGCCUUUAAUUAAAUUAUUUUUCUAGGCUAUCGUAGGAGAAAUGGUGAAAUUAACGCCGGACCUAAUACAACAAUCGAUGCAAUAUAUUAAUCCUGUAAGGGAUCGGGAAUUGGAUUUGAGAGGAUACAAAAUACCUACGAUAGAAAAUUUAGGAGCAACUUUGGAUCAAUUUGACACAAUAGACUUUUCCGACAAUGAUAUUAGAAAACUUGAUGGAUUUCCAUAUUUGAAAAGAAUCAAAACACUUUUUUUCAAUAAUAAUCGCAUAGUCAGAAUCGCAGAAGGUUUGGAACAUUGUAUACCCAACUUGGAAACGUUAAUGUUGACUGGAAAUAUGAUUCAAGAACUCGGCGAUUUGGAUCCAUUAAUACCGCUUAAACAUCUUACAAAUUUAUGUUUAUUACAAAAUCCUGUGUCUGCGAAGCCGCAGUACAGACAGUACGUUGUCUACAGAUUUCCACAGUUGAGACUAUUAGAUUUUAGAAAAAUCAAGCAAAAAGAACGAGAGGCCGCUAUCGAAUAUUUUAGAAGUAAAAGAGGCAAAGAAAUGGUACGUGAAAUAGCUAAAAAGGCAAAGGCGCAAGCACCAGGAACGUCUUUGGAUAAACCUUUAACAAGCGCGGACGAACGUAACAAAAUUAAAGAGGCUAUAACAAAUGCUACGUCCUUGGAAGAGGUGCAGCGACUUAGCAAAUUAUUACAAGCAGGGCAUAUACCCGGAGAAGAGAGACUUCAGAACGGAAACAACACAUCCGAAGCCAUGGAAGAAGAGGAAGAUGACUAAAUUAAACAGGUGGCGACAAAUCUGUAAGUAUUCAAUAGCUACCAAGGAUGUUAGUACAAGGAUGGUGACUCUUCGUUGAGCUAAUAAGAAGCUGCAUACUACACAAUUAAUUUUCGACAAAAUUGGUUACGCAUAUACGAAUAUUUUUUUUUUUGUAUGAAUUAAAUGAUACAAAUGUGUACUAUCAUGACCUUGAAGCGAUCAUAUAAAACAACAAAAGCGUCAUUUUAUUUUCACGAAAUAUUAAC